AUAGGCCGACUUCUCCGACUUGGGCCCCCCCCAGGCAGUGAAGGACAAACACAUGCUGAGAAGAAUUUCCAGUUUUGUUGCUGCUGAGGGCUCGGGCCUCACGGCCUUCCUGCCAAGGGGCUGGAAACUGGAAGGAGUUCCUGAGCCCGCGAGCCUGCAGCGGAAGUAGAAGAACGUAGGUAUCAGUAUGUGUGAGACAACUCUGCCUCAUUUAACCAGUCAGGAUGCUAUAUUCACGAAACGGCGUGGGGGUUGAGGCCCUUCUUCAAGUGUCUGGAGGUCAGAGAAGCAGCUGAGGGGAGGGAACUGUGACUAGUUAAGAAGGCCCUGCUUACUGUCGCUACCAGAUCUCAUGUCAACACCAAGUCCUCAGCUGCUGGUGGCAGCUGCUCAGCAGACCCUGGGCAUGGGAAAGAGACGGGGCCCUCCCAGAGCCGUCUGUCUUCAUCUCGCUGGAGAGGUGCUGGCUGUGGCCAGGGGACUGAAGCCAGCUCUGCUGUACGAUUGCAGCUCUGCAGGGGCAGCCAAAAUCCAGAGCUACCUGGAGAAGCUGCGGGGCCUGGGUUUCCCGACUGAGGGGCUUCACGUCCUUGAGAUUGCAGAGAACAGCCUGAUUGUCCAUCCUGAGCAUGUGCGUCGACAUUUGGAGCAGGUGCUGCUUGGUAGUGUAGCCUUUGUGGAUGUUUCUGGCUCUCAACCUUACCCUUCCGUCUGCUCCCUGGACCAGCUUCAGGACUUGAAGGCCCUCGUGGCGGAGAUCAUCACACAUUUGCAGGGGCUACAGAGGGACCGAUCCCUGGCAGUCUCCUGCAGCAGGCUUUGUUCCUCGGCCUGGAAUCUCUGUACUGUGUUUGGGAUCCUCCUGGGCUAUCCUGUCCCCUAUACUUUUCACGAGAACCAAGUAGAGGACAACUGUUUAGCCCAGAUUCCACUACGAGUGUUCACUGCCCGGAUCUCAUGGUUGUGCUGUCAACCACCAGUCUUGCUGUAUUCCUUUAGUGUGCCAGAGAGCCUGUUCCUGUCCUUGAGGGACAUUUUAAAUACUUGGGAGAAGGACCUUAGAACUCGAUGUAGGACUCAAAAUGACUUUGUUGACCUCAGCAUCUCUUCUGAGAUAGUCACACUGCCGGCCGUGACCCUCUGACUUUAACUUUUCCCGUGUGGAAGGUGCUUGGUAAAUGAUCAGCUGUAGGUCAGGGAUGGCAACUGGGAAUCAUUUCAAGUGCCAAUUGUGAGUAUCUCGAGGACACUAGGGAAGAAUACUGUAAUCCACUUAUCAUUUCUGUGCUGAACUGUACUAGGGAGAGUAGACCGGGAUGCUUCAGGAAUAAACAGAGUUCUUCGGGACAGAC